UCUCGGGAGAAUCUGCAAUAAUAUAGAAAUAAAAUCUAGACUAAUUAUAGAUUGCGAUAAACAUACAAAAGUGAGCCAUUGGAAUGGAGGAAGAUGAUCUCACAAAACAGGUUGAUGAGAUUGAAGCAAUGUCGGCCAUUUAUGGAGACGACUGGUGUGUGGUGGAUGAAAUCAGCAGGAUCUAUGCCAUUACAAUCUCAGAUGAAAAUAACAAAGAUUUAACAGUCAGGCUGCAGGUGCUUCUCCCCGAUGAGUAUCCAAGCAAAGUUUCUCCCGUUACCGAAUUAAGUGCGCCUUGGUUGUCUGGUAGUAAGAGAAUACUUCUGGAGUCCAACCUUGAGCAGGUUUGUACAGAAAACAUUGGAGAGAGUGUACUCUAUCUGGUGGUUGAACGGAUACAGGAAUUUCUCUCUGAAAAUUCAUCAAGCAUCGAGGACAACGAAAGUGAAAUUUCUUCAGCAAACAAAACGGAUGUUGAUGAGGAUAGGGAUGUUCAUACAGUUGACCAACUUGCGACUACACUCAAACAUCUGCACACCUCAAAGGAAACUGUACGAAGCCAUGCUCCCCAAACUAUAGAGCUGCCGCCACUUACACACGGUGAUACCAUUACUGAUAGAAAGAGCACUUUUCAAGCACAUAUAGCAUUCCCUGUGGUAGAAGUAGAACAAGUCAAAUGUUUGCUUCGUAAACUGUGUGAAAACAAGAAAAUCCAACAUGCCACUCAUAAUAUUAUGGCUUACAGGAUAUACAAAGAGGAUCACGAUUGUUUCAUUCAGGAUUGUGACGAUGAUGGAGAAACAGCAGCGGGUGGUAGACUUCUUCAUCUACUACAGAUUGUGGAUGCCAGGAAUGUGAUGGUGGUUGUGUCUCGAUGGUAUGGAGGUAUUCUUCUUGGUCCCGAUAGAUUCAAACACAUCAACAAUGCAGCCAGGAGUAUACUCAACAGCUCAGGAUUUAUACAAAAUAAGGAUUCUACGCAGAAGUCAAAGAAGACCAAGUCGAAGAACAGAUGACAUAGAAUGCUUUGUAAAAGCUUGCAAUUCAACAUAUACGUACUUGUGAUAUUGUAUAAUUUUAUUUUCGUAAUUGGAUCUCGUAGCAUGACAGAACAGUGAAAAGAGAAAGGGUGGACCCCUCCUAAAUUUUUUGGCUUCCGCCACCAAUGGCUACAUUUCAAGCGGGUCUUGGAUUAGGAGUAUCUGACCCAUUUGAUUAAACACAUUGAUCACCAUGUUCACGUGCAUUAGUAUCCAGUAUCAGAUCUUACAAAGCAUUUCAUGGGCCCAAUUGUCUGGGGACAAUAGUGACUCUUUUAUACUUGUGCACAUUGGCCCAUACAUUUCUUUGUCAUAGCUGAUGCUGGAUAUGCUCAAGAUGUUUGGUAUGGGAACAUCUUUCACAAAGAUUUAUAUGUGCCUUAAAUUUGGGCUUAGUGUCGAUGUAUAUGAUAUUAAAUGUGCAGUCUCAUUGAUUAAUACGCAGGAGUGCUUGUGCUUUGAGCAUGAUUUGACCAGUACAGUGAUGCCUUUUAUACCGUGCGCAACUGAGAAUUUUUAGUGCGAUUCUAUUUAAGUCGUGCUUAACUCCUUGUGAACAUCCCCUGGAUAUGUUAAUGCUAUUAUACAAGUGACUGGCCGUUUUGAUUUCUGAUUCUGUUUUUAUCUACAUGUGUACCAAUUGGAAACCUUGUAUGUCCUUGAUUGAAAAAAAAAAUUAAUCCUUGCAUCUGGGUAUCAUCUAACAAGCUUCCAUUUGUUUAAGGUAGGGUUACAUUUUCUUUAUUUUUUUCUCCUCUUUGUAAAGAACAGGAUUUCAUAUUACACAAAAUUUCUUAUUUCAUCUUAAUGUUUUAAAACUUUUUUAUACCUUCUUAUAUUUCAUUUUUUUAGAACAGGGAACUUUAGAUAAGAGUUAUAUGGCAAUUUUUGCAAGUACGCAA